CUCGCUCUUAUUUCCUCUGAGUCGAGUGUAUUCCAAUCCAUCGCUCCGUAAAUUUCAAAGAAUUUUAGUCAUUCGCAGUGUCAAGAGUAGAAAAGUGUUUUGUGCAGUGUGUCUUAGCGAGUAGUGAACGUUGCUAGCAAAAUGGCGUCAAUAUUACGGAAAUCCAGCCUGGCUUUGGCCGAAAUAGCAACCAAAUCAUCACCCCGUGUUUUGGGAAGCAUUGGACAGAAGCGUCACCUAAAUGUUCAGGAGCAUAUAUCGUAUACUUUCCUCAACGAGGCCAACAUUCCAACGCCGAAAUUUGGCGUUGCCACAUCCGCCCAGGAAGCCGAAAAAAUCGCCAACGAUCUGAAGACGAAAAAUCUAGUCCUAAAAGCCCAAGUGUUAGCUGGUGGUCGAGGAAAGGGUACCUUCAAAAAUGGACUCAAGGGUGGCGUUCGAGUAGUUUUCACACCCAAGGAAGCCAAAGAAAUUUCCGGCAGGAUGAUUAACGAGCUUCUGGUGACCAAACAAACGGGUGCUGCCGGACGAAUUUGCAACUCAGUGAUGGUAGCCGAGCGGAAAUUCCCCCGUCGGGAGUUUUAUUUCGCUGUGAUGAUGGAGCGUGCGUUUAACGGCCCAGUGCUGAUUGCCUCCUCCCAGGGAGGAGUUAACAUUGAAGAAGUAGCUGCCGAAAACCCAGAAGCCAUUGUGUAUGAACCCAUUGAUAUUAACUCUGGAUUGCAAAAAUCGCAAGCAUUGACGAUUGCCAAGAAAGUUGGCCUCGAAGACCAUGCCGAGGAGACGGCUAAAAUGUUACUGAACAUGUACGACCUUUUCGUAAAGAAAGACGCACUACUGAUCGAGAUUAACCCUUACGCUGAAGAUGCUGGCGAAACAUAUUUCGCUUUGGACGCUAAGAUGCGCUUCGAUGACAACGCCGAGUUCAGACAGAAGGAUCUGUUUGCGAAACGUGAUUUGUCUCAGGAAGAUAAGAAAGAGGUGGAAGCCUCUAAAUUUGAUCUUAACUACAUCGCACUGGACGGAUCGAUUGGCUGUCUUGUGAACGGAGCCGGUCUGGCUAUGGCCACGAUGGACAUCAUUAAGCUGCACGGUGGUGAUCCAGCCAACUUCCUGGAUGUGGGAGGUGGCGCUAGCGUGAAGGCGGUGAAGGAAGCCUUCAAGAUCAUCACCUCAGAUCCAAAGGUUCACGCAAUUCUGGUGAACAUUUUCGGUGGAAUCAUGCGGUGCGAUGUCAUCGCUGAGGGUAUCAUCCAGGCGACCAAGGAACUCAAUAUUAAGAUGCCCAUUAUUGUGAGAUUACAGGGAACGAACGUGAACGAAGCGAAGGAACUCAUCAAGAACUCUAAACUGCGUAUUCUACCCAAGGACGAUUUGGACGAAGCAGCUAUGCUGUCCGUACAUUUAGCACAGAUUGUACACUUGGCUCGCGAAGCCCACCUGGACGUUAGCUUUGAACUGCCAGAUAGCUAUGUUCAUUAAAAUAUAAGCGUAAACUGAAAGAAACCGACAUCCGCUUAUUUGCACUAACAAUCAUCUUGUUCCAUGUUUGCACACGCACACUAUUGAGCGUCGUUUCAAUCGAUUUGGAUAUCUCCAAAAAAAAAAAUACUUGUCAUUACUCUUCCCUAACUGCGUUCACUCAGGGACAGACAGUUAAAAUACAUCCCUAUUCAUAACUUAUUCAUGUAUCUUAAUUUAUUGUAGAUCAAACAUCAUCGCGUUUGAGCCAGUUGUUCAGCUAAUGUGACGCGUCUAAGUUUAAGCAGUUGAAUCCAAGUGUAUCGAAUACAGAUAUGAUUUUAGUGAAAUGUCAAACACAGCACUUCAGCCUAGCCAGGAUAGUGAAUCGCACUCUGUAACGAGUUAUAUUAGACAAAGGAGUUGAUGCUCCCCCUUAUAGAAAUAGCACAAUCCAGAGGAAUAUAUGUUCUGCUUAGGCCUGUAAUGUUUUUUUCUCUCUGAAUAUGGAUUCAAUUUCAAAGAUUGAUUGGUUGUAAGAACAGAAAAAGUGUAAAAUAAAUCGUUUCGAGCAAUAUUAUUUCGAAGAGGCUCUUGCCUUUUUGAUUAAAAAUGAUAAAUAUAUCGCAAGCUGAACAGGUUUGUGCUGCCGUUCGCUGGCCUUAAAAUUUUGACCGGAGAUUAAUGGUGCGAUAGUUUGGACUGGCUGCUAUCAGAAAUUCGUAUACAGGUGUUACACGUUUUUGUAUAUUUAUUUGCUACUGUGAAAUUGACCUGGUAAGGCUAAAUACAUUUGAGAAAAAAGA